AUGAGUGAAUGUCAAAAUAGACAUAACUGGAAAAAUUGGAAGGAUGCAAUAGAUACUGAGUUAAAUCCUCUUAAAAAUCGAAAAGUAUUUGGCCAUAUUAUGGCUACACCGAAAUAUGUGAAACCGGUCGGGUAUAAAUGGGUUUUUUUUGUAAGAAAACGAAAUGAGAAAAAUGUGAUUGUCAAAUACAAAGCUCUUCUCGUUGCAAAAGUAUUUAACAAUCUUGAUAUUUAUCUUAUGGAUGUUGUUACUGCUUAUUUAUAUGGAUCACUUGAUACUGAUAUAUACAUGAAAAUCCCAGAAGGAUUUAAAAUGCCUGAGACAUCAAAACCUAGAUAA